GUGAGCCAUGGUGCAUCUCGACACUUUAUUUGUCAUUUCCAUCAUAGUUUUUACGGUGUCCGGCUCGAUUAACUUUGCACAUUCCGAUUCGUGCUCUCAUGAACGGUAUGAUGAUGACGACUACGAUGAUCGGGACAGAGUAGGUGGAAGGUUCGAAAUUGGAAAUGGAGAAUGUGAGAUUGAUGAUAGUGGUAGUCGUGGAGAUCAUAGCGAUUCGGGGUAUCAUGGUAGCCACCGACCCCGUCCACACCCUCGUCCUCAUCCUCAUCCACAUAGGCCACCAAAGCCAGAACACUGCCCAGGCACCUGGACGCCUUGGAUAAACGUAAAAGGUGCAAUGUGUAAUGAUACUUGUGGAAACUGCGGGCUCAUCGAUCAAUACCGGAUAUGUUAUCCGAUACGCUGCAAGUGCAGUGGCCCUACAAAACGCAAAGCUCCAUGUGCGAAUAGGCCGUGCCCAUUCCCAAGAACGACUUGCUGUCCGGGAUACAACAAGAAAAUUAACUACCCCCUGAGAAUAUUCUAUUGCGGAUAAUGAAUUUUUUGUAAUAUUUG